AAUCCUUCGCCCUUCAGCUCUGCGACUCAGCCGUCUCUCUGUCUCUCCACCGCAAUUCUCCAGUCCCCACUCAGCUCCACCGGCAGCCGGCCUUAGUCUUCUCCGUCUGGCGUCUGCUACUCUGAUCCACGGCUAAUCUUCAAGAGGAAUAGCAUUCCGUUUCCCUUCUGCUUUUCUAACCCGCAAAGGCCCAAACAUCAGAGUUGAAGAAUAGAAGGAUUUUAGCUUUUGAUUUUGAUUUCGAGUGACGCAUCGAUUUAAUGGGUCGUCGACGUCGGCUAAUCAAAACCACCGUAGCGGAUGCAAAUGCAAGUAGAGAUUUAAUAAGUGCGUUGCCGGUAGAGGUAAAGGACAGAAUUUUGGAGUGUUUGCCCACUCGAGACGCCGCCAGAACUGCUCUGCUCUCAAAGUGCUGGAAUGAUGUUUGGUUGCAGCAUGGGCGGCUUGCGUUCGAUGGGGAAUUCUUGCUAACCGUCCAACAGUGCCAAGAUGACUAUGGUAAAACCCUCGUGAACAUAAUCAAUAAUAUCCUCUUUGCGCGUUCUUGGCCGGUUAAGAAAUUUACUCUACAGAUUUCAUAUGAGGAUCCUUAGCCCCAGCAGUCUGAUAUUGAUAGGUGGUGUCUUUUUCUGUCAAGAAAUGGUGUGGAAGAACUUAACAUAUGUUUAGAUAGUAAUGAUUAUCCUCAGCCCCAGCUGCCAUUUUGCUUACUCUCUUGCAGGACAAUUAAGGAACUGAUAGUCCGAGGUUCCACUAUUGAUUUGCCUGUAAAUGCUUGUGGUAUAUUUUCCAAUGUCACUUCAUUAGCUUUCUUCAAUGUUAUAUUUAAGUGUAGUGUUAGUGGAAUUGCCUCUAGUAUUAGUUUUCCUAAACUUGAGAAGCUGGCUUUCGGAGGUUGUCGAGGGAUCAAUAAGUUUGAGAUUGGCCAGCCAAAGCUUGAAAUGUUGUCUGUUAUUGGUUCUAUGUAUGAUGUAGUUGAUUCGAGAUGGUUGGCACCGCAUUUGAAAGCCAUUAAGAAUCUUUCUUUGUCUGGAUCUUCUUUGUGGGGUAUGGAUGUAUCUGUGUUUCCAACUGCAAUAAAUUUGCAAGUGAUGAGGCUAUAUGAACUAAAUUGUGGUCUUCGGAAGCACCUCAUCGUUGCUAUGCAAUUGCUUCAAAAAUGCCCCAACCUAUGUGAACUGCAGAUUAUUGCGAAUGUGCUAGAGUAUAUAUUUAGCGAUCAUUUCUGUUGGAAGGAUGAAGAAGAAGCUGCUUCAAGGCUUUUGGAGGAUCCGAACGGUGGCUUUGUUAUUCAAGACCUGAAGAUGCUUAACACAAUCAAGAUUGAAUCAUUCAGUGGAUCCGCAUUCGAAAUGCUUUUUAUGAAAAUCCUGCUCUCAAAAUCCCCUACGCUAGAGAGAGUUGUUAUUGUGAAGUCUUGGGGUACGAAUGCCUCCCAGGUGAGAAAAAUUCAAAGGAAGUUGGAAUGCUUCCCUUGUGCAUCUCCAAACGUGCAAAUUGUUUGCACGGGCAAUUACUAUGCGUCUAUGCGUGGUGAUUGGAUGGAUACCCAUGGUUAUACCUUUUCAAAAACUUAGUAGGGUGAAUCUCCAUGGGUUUUAUUUGGGUGCCAGCUUAUAAAUGUAAGCAAAGGUUGUGUUGGAAGUUGAAAUGCUUUCUAAGUUGUUUAGCAUGAGGUAUUUGUAAUCAGCAAGCAUUGUGGGCAGUUAAGGUUCCUAAAUUUGCUUUUGUUAAUAAAUUACUUCAAUUAUGCUGCC